GAAAUUCUUGUUAAAACCAAACCAGACAGCCUGGUUACAGAAGCCUGGUUCUGGUUCUGCUUGUCAGCCCAAAUCUCCUGCUCUCAGCCUGAAGGUGUUUUCAUGCCAGCUGCUCGGUGUCGCCCCCUACAGGUGUUGGAGCAGCACCUGGACGGGCGCUGGAAGGGCCACAUCCACGACAGCCAGCGGGGAACGGACCGGGUCGGCUUCUUCCCUCCGUCCAUCGUGGAGGUGAUCAGCAGGCGGAACGGGGGCGCCCUGUCCCGGCACGCCUCUCUGCCCACCCAGCGCCAGCAGCACCCGUCUAGACCCCCCCUCUCCUCCAGCCUAAGCUCCGCCCCCCACACCGACGACUCCUACAGUCGGUAUGCCCCGCCCACCCACCUGGUUCUGCCCAACGGCCUGACGUCCUGCGCAGGUUCGUCUUCGAGCCUCCUGUCUCAGUCUGGGUGUCCCUUUGAGGACGUCUGGGUUCUCAGGGACUCGUUCCACGCCGGGGACAGGAACAGCGUGGGCAGCACCGGCAGCGUGGGCAGCACCCGCAGCGCUGGCAGUGGCCAGAGCACCGAGAGCAACAGCGCCCCCAACGGGCAGCAGCACACCACCAGUCACCAUGACAACAAGCUGGCGCCCCCUGCUGCUGAUCCAGGAACCUCUGCUGACCCCAGCAAACAGGCGGAGAGUCCUGCAGGUGGCGCCCCUCGCAGGCAGACGGUGACGGUGCAGCGCCCGGCAGAGCCCAGCUUCACGCAGCAGUUCGUCCGUCCACAGCAGCUGCUGGAGGGGAAGGAUGCGGACGCCAUCUUCCAGUGGCUGAGCGACUUCCAGCUGCAGCAGUACACCGGGAACUUCCUGAGCGCCGGCUACGACGUUCCCACCAUCAGCCGGAUGACUCCUGAGGACCUGACCGCCAUCGGUGUCACCAAACCGGGGCACCGGAAGAAGAUCUCCAUGGAGAUCAACAACCUGAACAUCCCGGAGUGGCUUCCGGAGUACAUCCCUUCGGACCUUGGCGAGUGGCUCAGUGCCAUCGGCCUCCCGCAGUACCACAAGAAGCUGUCAGAGAAUGGCUACGACUCCAUCAGCAUCGUCAAAGACCUGACGUGGGAGGACCUGCAGGAGAUCGGCAUCACAAAACUGGGCCAUCAGAAGAAGUUGAUGUUGGCGGUGAAGAAGCUGAGCGACAUCCAGAGGGCCAUCUUGCAGGCGGACACCGGCGCAGGGACGCUGCGGCGUAAAGCGCCCGGAGUGCUCCAUCUGGUUGCCAUUGAGUCUCCGGACGCCAGCAGCGAGUGUUCCUCUCCUCACACCCCUAUCAUGGUGACCUUCCAGGACAGCGAGCUGAGUGCAGAGCUGCAGACCGCCAUGGCGAGUCACUAUGGAGGCUGCGACAAAGGCCUGGUCAUCAAGAACGCCGUGGGGAUGUCGCAGAGCCAGGAGAACAUUGACACCCGGUGCAGAGGCUCCGGCCGGUCUCAGGAGCCUCCCACUGCCUCAAUCAGUCCCCACGGCUGGUCCCAGGAGAGCCUGGAGGGAAGCCCGGCCCCGGAGAGGAACCUGCCUGAGGGCUGGGACCAGCGGCCACUGCAGCAUCAGCCGCUCCCCAAGCAGGUGCCUCUGGGGACGGCCACCGUCUUCAAGUACCCGGCCAUACCGGCCAAACCCAAACUGCCACGCGGUGCCUCCCCGGCUCUGAAAGGCUUCAGCUACCUGCAUUCCCAGUGCGGCUCCACCAACCUGAACCCGACAGCCCGACCCGAGCAUCACCGGACCCUGACGCCCCCCAACCGGCGCACCCAGAACAAGACUCGCUACGCUCUGUCGGACGGAGAGCCGGACGAGGAUGACGACGACCUCACCGUUCUGCCGGCCGAUGUUCCAUCCUACGCCACCCUGACCCGGAAGCCCGGCCGCAGUCAGCUGGGCCGGUCGGAGUCUGGUUCAGACAGGAACGGCAAUGUGGGCCGAAGUCAGUCGUUUGCCGUGCGUGCCCGCAAAAAGGGUCCCCCUCCUCCGCCACCGAAGAGGCUGAGCUCAGUGAGCAGCACAACCAGCAGUGAACUGAGCGACAGCAGCCCCACCUCAUCCUCUGGGGGCGUGGUCACCGACAGCCCAGGGAGCGUCAGCAGCAUCGCCGCCUCUUUGGAGACCAGCCCAGGGCCCAGACACGGCGCUGCGUCAGAGGCCAGGGAGACCGCAGAGCUCAGGAGGAAGGUCCACAGCGAAUGUCUUCCCAGUCAAACCAGCAGCACCGCAGAGGUCGACCGAGGGUUGAAGUCCGACUCUGAGGAGGAGGAACCGAAGGCUCAAGGCCUGGAUGGGUCUUCGUCUCCCCAGAACAGCUCCAGCGAGUGCAUCCCCUUCGCCGAAGAAGGCAACCUGACCAUCAAACAGAGACCCAAAGCUCCAGGCCCCCCCAGAGCUGAGGCCGUGCUGGAGCCACCAGACAAACCAGGGGCCAAAGCUCUGGAGGUUCCCGAGUUCAACCUGAAAGAGUCCGACACAGUGAAGAGGCGCCACAAACCCAAGGACAAGGAUCUGACCGGCGAGGGUUCCCCGGUCAGAUCUGGAGCCUCAGGGUCUGAGUCUGGUGGCAGCAGGCCCCCAUCCAGGAACCAGGACGAGCUGGAUCUGAGAAUCAGCGAGGCCAGUCUGGAGACGCCUAGCAGCCCAGCAACAGGAUCUCCUCUGAAACCUUCUCUCUCACCAAAACCCGCCAUCACCUGUCCGAAACCUGUUCGCCACAGUCUGCUGGCCGCUCAGGGAGGACGGUCCUCUCCCACGUUGACAGUCAGUGUGGUCCAAAGCGUGGCGUUUGCCUCCUCAGCAGUCUCCGGGCCGACAGCUCUGGGUCCUCCUGCCCCUCGCAGCCCCUCUCUGGCUGCCAGGAGACCCGUGGGGAGUCCUCUGUCCUCUGAGUCGUCUUCUGAGACAGAAGAGGUCCAGCAGAGACUGGACCAGACCAGCAGCUCUCUAGCAGCGGCUCUGAAGGCCGUGGAGACGAAGCUGACCCAGGACGGCAGUGAGGGCAGGGGGAGCUCUGUGAGGUCAGCAGGGACCAUCUUGGAUGACAUCGGCAACAUGUUUGACGACCUGGCCGACCAGCUGGACGCCAUGUUGGAUUAAAGAUUUAACGUCAGGAUCGCCGCUCCGCCUGCUUCGGGUUGCUGUCGGAGAACAGCGGCGCUGAACUGGAUCUGCUGCUGCAGCACCUUUCAGCCAGAGCCAUGAUUACUUUAGAUAUUUCACCUGGAAGUUUAAUGUCUUUAUAAUUGCGCAGCCAGAAAACCUUGAGUCUGUUUAGAUCCAUGAUCAGGUUCAGAACGGUUCUGCUGGGAUCCACCAGCAGACACUGUUUCAGUAACAAACAUGUUAAAGUUAUCUUGUUUCUUUGAGGAAGACUUUGCGGUGUGGCGCCAUCUGGUGGCCACCGCUGGUAUUGCACCAACAUUUAAAACGGAAGUCAUGUUGUGGCUCUGCAGCUCCGUCGGGUUCUUUAAGCUUCCGGUUCUGGUUCCAGGUCCAGAAAUUCACAUCAUGUUUUAUCAAAUGUGAAACCAUCCAGAACCGGCCUUGACCCAGUAAAACCCAGCUGAGUUCUGGAGAACUUUCUUAAACCCGAGUUUGAACUGAACCCAAAGUCCAACAAGGCCGGCAGGAGGGAGCUGGAGAAAGGGAGGUGAAAGGUCAAAUGAACGGUUCUGGAGCAGAACCGAAGGUCCAGAACCGGACGGGGUUCUGGCUGGAGUCAAACUAUUCUCCAGCUCUCCGUGGAUUCAACACCUUCUGGAUUUUCUUCCAACUUUGUAAAAAGAUAAUUGGGAACAUUAGCUUAGCAUGCUAGCAUGGGUUGUUGCUCAGCAACGUUGCUAAAUGUAUGAUUUCUGUUUAUAAGUUACUGAAUGUUCAAAUGUCAAGACGUGGAAAUGAAUUCAGAAGCAGAAUCUCAUUAGAUGAAGUUUAUCGUUUUAAGGUUUUCUUUGCGUUUUGACUCUGAUCCUGCGUUCAUUUCCCGCUCGGUGAAGCGGUUCGGUAUCACUGACUCGUUCGGACCUUCAGAACCAGACCAGGAUGACUUCUCCUAGCUCUGGAUUAUAAUCCAGCAGAUGCGGUCUGGUUCUGGUUCAGCUGCCCUCUGGUGGCGCUGAGACGCGGAGCUGUUGGACUGCCCGGUUACUGAACAGGUGUUUUAUCUGACAUACCCGUAAAUCCAGCAGACGUUAUGGUAAUGCGCAUGCGCACAUCGAUGCUACGUCACAUACUGCUUACUCAGCAGAUUUUUUAUAAAUCUGUCAUACCUGUAGAAUCUCAUUUUGUGUGUUAUGUUUCUCAGAAGUUUACGGUAAAUUUUAUCUAAUUAAGCUGCUAUGUUAAUUAAUCAUAUUAACAUAAAUGACUUUUGCUGUUUCCAAUAUUGUUACCAAACUGUAAUCAAGACAUUAGUCCCGUUUAGCGUCACUAUCACUACAAACACUGGUUGACUACAGAUUUGGUCGGGAUAUUUUGUCCCUAUAGCUAAUCUACCUUUUUAAUAUUUUAAUACUUCUUUAGAAAACUGCAGGAAUAUGUCCUAUAAAAGCUCAUGAAUAGCUGGAUGCUGACCGAAGCAACAAGCAGAACAUCACCUCUUUCUGGACGCUGCGUGGAAAUAAAUAGAUUUUUCUUAGUUUAUUUCUUUUAUUUACCGUAAACUUUUGAGAAAUAUGUCUUUCUGAUCUGGCCCGGAUGCCUCUGCUCCAACAGAACCGAGCCGGGCCCAUCAGAAUUAUUUUUGGAUUUGAAAACUAUUUAGAAAUAAAUAUGUUUAUUAACCAUCAGCACAAACGAACCAAAGCUUUGUACCUAGUUUAUUUUUGGAAUAUUUUACAGUUGUUCCUCAAAUGUCCGGCAUACCUUCCUCGUCAUCAUCAUCUUCAUCACAGGAAGGAGAGGAUUUUUUUUAAGAAGUUUCUGUCUCCUAACGUUAAAAGGCUUUUAUUGUGAAACAGUCACAGGAAGUCACCAGUCAGUGUUGUCAUGUUGUCUGAAUUUUAACUUAAACUCAUUACUCUGUUUAUAUUUACUGUGUUUUGUUGAAACGGGAUAAAAGUAGAGGACAGAGGUGGUGUUCAUGUUGUUGUCCAGCAGGGGGCGCUAUUUAAAUUCAUGGAAGAAGUGUUGGUGAUCCUAUCAGUUAAUUGGGUUUCCGUCAGCCUGGGAGGAAUCGGCGUUGUAAAUAUUUAUUCCUAAGUAAGAGAAGUCAUUAUUUACAGCUGUGUUCUCUUGUUGUUUUUAUGGUGGCAUUAAAAUCGCCGUUUUGCUUAAAUUUUUAUGAUGACACGUUUUUACUUCCACAGUUUUCAUCUCCGGUUAAAUAGACUUUGCACCAACCAGCCGCAGCCUGAGAGGAAAUGACCACUGUCCCUUAAAUUCCAUAAUAAAGGCUUGUUACAGGAAACCAAACAUUUUAAUUCAUAUUAAUCAUAAUGGUGUGUUUCUCCGAAGCAGAAGGAAAGAACGUUCUUCCUGCAGAGUCGCGUCCUCAGGUUAUAUUCAGGCUUUAAGCCACGCCCACACUUAUUAAAGGAUUUUAUUUUAAUUUU